UUAUCAUUAUCUUAGAAGGUUGGAGGCUUCCUUUGAUAUAAUUCAAACACCAAGAUGUCUCAAAAAGUGGGAGGCAAGAGACUCGGUAUCAUACAGAUCUUUCUGCUCGUAGUCUUGUCAUCUGGUUCCAUCCAUGCUUCAGUUAUUUUGGAUACCGGAAACCGAGGAACUCCAUUGGUUGUGUCCGAUGAAAACCAUCCCUAUGGGAUUUCUGUUCACGUCAAUACGAGCUUCAAGAUCCAAUACGCUGGUAACGAGUAUAACGGCAUUGGAGUCUCUUCUGAUGGACUGAUCUACUUUGGACCUGAGAGGGUGCUACAGCUGCCUGAUGACUUGGCUGCCGGCAGCGACUUGGCAGCCGUGUUCCCCCUCCUGCAGAGGAAUAGGCUUGUCGAGGGUAGUAGCGUAACGUACCUGGAGAUUAGCAAUGACAGGACUGAUAAGCUAGUCCAGGAACUGGAUAACGUUCUCGUCGACUUCCGAGCUGGGUCGUUUAUAGAAUGGAUCUUUGUCGUCACAUGGAGUGAAGUCCGAAAGGCAAAGAAUGCACCAGCGUAUAAAAAGAAUACAUUUCAGGUUGUCCUUGCAGGGACAGGAGAGAAAACCUUUGUCGUCUUCAACUACGCUAAAUUAUUCUGGACAAAAAGCAAUUUCCAGAGUGGAGUCUCUUUUAAUGCACAGGCUGGCUUCUUCGAUGGAAAGAGCAAUACUGAUUUUUAUUUACCGGAUUCGGGGGAAUCUAAAAUUAAACGUCUCCCAUUUUCAAGUAACGUGAUGGUCAUUGGACGGUGGAUCUAUGACGUCAGUCACUUCCUGCCAGUCGAAGGGGGCGGGGUUCCUUGCGACAUCCACCCUUGUCACAAUGGAGGGAUCUGUGAGCAUGCGCAGUGCAAGUGUUUGCCAGGCUACGCGGGUAUCAUUUGUGAAGAUAAAUUAUCCUUUGUCCGAUGUGAUAGUACCUCGAUGACUGUUGUCCUGGAUGAACGUCUUCUACCAAUGAACAGUAUACUAGAGGAAAUCCAUUUGAAUUCCUGGUCUGAGGGAUGCACCGCCAGGGUCUUUGAUAAUUACCAUCUCGAGUUGUCAACAACGUUUGAUAAUUGCGGCACCACCCUGCGGGAAGACGAAGACAACAUCAUAUUCCGGAAUCUCAUCACCUUCGAGAAGCCAGGAGCGAAGGAUUCAGGGGCGGUUAUCACCAGGGAGUACCACAAACAAAUCCAAGUCGAAUGUUGUUUGAGCAAGGCCUCCAUCCUGGCGGGACAGUUUCAGCCCAAGAUUAGUAAAAUCGACAUUGAGGACAAAGAGCUAGGGAUGUUCAGUCUCCGGAUAGCUCGCUUCACCGACUUCAGCUUCGACGUCGAGAAGAGCGUCGGCGACGAGGGAGUCGUGGCGGAGGAUCGCGUGAUGCUUGGUAGCGAGAUAUGCUUCGGUGUCGUCCUGGACUCUACACCAAUUGUAGGGGUCGUGAUCAAGUCUUGUUGGGCUACGGAAGGUGGUCCUGAUGACGUGCCACCCCGUGAGGAUCUUAUCAAUGACCAGUGUCCUGCGGAGCAGUCUGUCAGAGUAAAUCAUAUGGUUUCUCGGGACAUAGAAGGAUUUUGUUUCAGUGCAUUCCGCUUCCGAAAUGAGGAAUCUGACAUGUCUCAGGUUUUCAUUCACUGCGACGUAACGGUAUGUGGCACCGAGGAAGCGGACGCUGCUAGGUCGGAUGUAUCUUGCGCAGGGCAAGGAGAUGGUGGGAGAAGGCGUCGGGAUGCAAGCUCGGGUUCAAGCCAACACACCAUCAGCUAUGGACCGUUGUCCAUCUUCAGUCAAGGCAAUGGCUUCGCGGCCUCUGUGCAAGAAUCUCGGGGGAUGUUCAGCAGAAGGAUGUUUGUGGGAGGCAUCGUGGCGCUCGUUUCCAUGGUGAUCAUCUGGGGAGUGGUUAAAGGCUGUGGCUAUAAAACAAAAGGCCCGAAAAACGAACGCGCCUACCUCAUCGACGUCAACUAAAAUCGAGCGACCAUUGUGGGGCCAUCUUCGGGUUUUAAGGGGGGGGUUGAAUUGUUCAGUAACAAAAAUAUCAUGUUAAUGACUUGUGUUGGACUGCAGAAUAGUAUAAUUUCUAAACAAUGAUAAACAAGAAUAAAACGUUAAUGCUAUGAAAUUGUU